AUGGCCGACGUUGCGACCGCGCCCAACCCGAACCAGCAGGUUCCGCUCGACACCAUUCCCAUCUCUCCGUCCGAUGACAACUCUGGCGAGUCCAAGGACCAGGGCUCCACCGCAGCCGCCUCCGACAGCGAGAUCCGGACUGUUUUCCACGACCCCGAGAACUUCAAUGUCAAGCAUCCGCUUAUGAACACAUGGACCCUGUGGUUCACCAAGCCCCCGAGCGGCAAGGGCGACAACUGGAAUGAGCUGCUGAAGGAGGUCAUUUCCUUCGAUUCGGUCGAAGAGUUCUGGGGAAUUUACAACAACAUCACGCCCACCUCGGAUCUUGCAUUGAAGUCAGACUACCACCUUUUCAAACAGGGUGUGCGCCCCGAGUGGGAAGAUGCCCAGAACAAGCAUGGCGGCAAGUGGGCCUUCCAAUUCAAGGACAAGAAGGCCAUCAACAUCGAUGCGCUGUGGCUGCACGUUAUGCUCGCUGCGAUCGGCGAGAACCUGGAGGACGAAGACGACAACGAAGUGAUGGGCGUCGUUGUCAAUGUUCGCCGUGGCUUCUAUCGUAUUGGUCUUUGGACAAGGACGGUUGGCAAGGCUCUCCCUAGUGACCAGAACAAGGGCCGCACGUUCGAGCAAGGCAAGGAGACGCUGAGCAAGAUCGGCAACCGCUUCAAGCAGGCUCUGCAGCUCAAGGAGAACGACCCGGUCGAAUUCUCGGGUCACACGGACGCCGCUCACGCCGGUAGCACCCGAGCGAAGGCCAAGUUCGUGGUCUAA